AUGAAAUCACACUUUGAUUAUGGCAGUGGGAAGGUGACGCAAGCUCAAUGCUAUAUUCGUGGAAUGGGAGCAAAAGAGUUUCUACACGAAUGUCCUCCGAGCCCCAGCAAAGUUGAAGAGCAUUCGUCACAACGCAAAGUUGGAGUGCGUCUGAAACGGCCGAAUCUUGAUGUAGAGGAGAAUAGUCCGGUGAAGCGAAGACCAGCAAAGGCUCGUCGUCUUUGCGAGAAUACAAAAGGAAGUCGAACAAGCCCCAGAAAAAGCAAUACAUCAUCAGCAAGGUCUAGUGCUCUAUCACCGGUGAAGUCAGUCAAUUCCCCGAGUAAGCGAGCACCAAGAGGUACUGCUGGAUCCACCCCGUUGAAAGAAAUGCAGCCUACAUUCAGUACUUUCGUUCCACCAUCGCCUUUACAAAAAUCGCCAGUAAAGCGAUUGUUGACAAAUCCAGCGUUCUCGUCGUUGUUUGAUACUCCCGAGAAAGGGCAAACGGCUGCAUGGGGAGAAAUUAGCCCGAUGAAAACGAGCGUUACUGAGCAGAAAGGGACUCCAAUACGUUCUCCUAGAAAACCAGUUGUCCACAAGGAAGUCCUCACAAAGAACGUAGAGUUCCUGCUGCUACCGACUCCUGAAAAACGUAAACGUAAUGAGGUCCUGGAACCAUUCCAACCUGAAGAAGUAGCCAAGAAGAAGGCCGCAGGGGGGCAGAAAAAGGGCAUGGCUGUGGCAUUUUCAGCGGAACAAGGUCGAAUUAUUAAGAGAGCCUUCAAAAGGUCGAAUGCUAAAGGUGCAAAGCCAACAAAGGAAAAAGGUAACUACGUAAGGAUCAAUAUGAAGAAGAAGUCGUAUGCAAAAGGGAAGGUCUCAGCGGAGCAGAAACGAAAAAUGCGACGAAAACAGAAUUGGAAGAAAAAAAUGGCUGGCGGCAGUGGAUAG